CAUUGAUUGAUUGAUUGACUAAAUAUUUAUGACUCCCCAUACUCCCCUACUACAUAAGAAAGACACUGGGCAAAAACAAGCUCCAAGACAAAAACCACUGAUGAACAAAAAGAACAUUAAGGUUUGUCUCAAUUUUGCCAAAAAACAUCUUGAUGAUCCCACCCAAGACCUUUGGGAAAAUACUCUGUGGUCUGACGAGACAAAAGUUGAACUUUUUGGAAGGUGUGUGUCCCAUUACAUCUGGCGUAAAAGUAAUGCCGCAUUUCAGAAAAAGAACAUCAUACCAACAGUAAAAUAUGGUGGUGGUGGUGUGAUGGUUUGGGGCUGUUUUGCUGCUUUAGGACCUGGAAGACGUGCUGUGAUAAAUGGAACCAUUAAUUCUGCUGCCUACCAAAAAAUCCUGAGGGAAAAUGUCCGGCCAUCUGUUCGUGACCUCAAGCUGAAACCAACUUGGGUUCUGCAGCAGGACAAUGAUCCAAAACACACCAGCAAGCCCACCUCUGAAUGGCUGAAGAAAAACAAAAACAAGACUUUGGAGUGGCCCAGUCUGGCGAUGCAGAGGACGAGGGGGAAAGCAGAUGGCUGCGGCAGCGAACCUCAGCAGAGAAAACAAGCUGGUGAUGGUUUUGACCCCUCCCUCCAGAAUGUCAAAGCCCAGUCAGAGGCCUGCAGAACCAAUAGACUUCCCUCAGACACAAACAUAGUGACACCUAACACAGAGAGCAGCUGGGAUUUCACCGCCAAGACUCGCUCCACCAAUGAUGACGGAACCUCACUGGAUCUAGAGUGGGAGGAUGAGGAAGGAAUCAACCGAGCUCUUCCAGCCUGGGAGAGGUCUCGGACAGAAGAGGACAUUCUGCGUGCAGCCUUGAGGCCCGGCGGGAAGCAAGCGCACAGCGGCCCAACCUCCACCUCUGAGGACUCCAACGCGCUAGAAUGGGAGAAUGAUUUUGUGAGUACCCACCCAGAGGACAACAUAGACCCGGAAUUUGAGGGUUUUGUCAAUCCAGUGAUAGACACUCCCUCCGAGGACACGUUGGACUAUGGCCUCAGGCUGGACGACCAGGAGAGAUAGUCUCUAGCACAAAAUAAGACCAUUGCGACCUCGUCACGUCAAAGCUCACCAGCUUUUUUUCCCCUUCUCAUGAAAUAAAUGUACUUUUUUGCUCUUCAUAUAGGAUAAUAUGAUUGAAGGAUGCUGCAGUUGUGCCCUCUAAUCAAAAGCAUACUUUUUCAGUGCCUUCAUCGCUGACCAUCUUAUGUAUUGUAGCUGAUCAAUCGCUAUCCUGUUACCUUUGGAAGAAUAUCUUACUUUCAGUGCACACUGCCCAUUUCAUCAAGCACAGAAUUGCCAAACUAUUCUAAAGUAAUACUUGGUCCUAAAGGUCUGAGGAUCCUUACGACUGAACAAUCACUGUUGAUGAUGUUUUUGCUUUAGUUUUUCCCUACUAUAUCAUGCAGGAUAUAGGUUAACAUCAAAGGCGGUCAUACAGGUGGUCCUCUGGGUACCAACGAGUUCCAUUCCUACACACAAAGACAAAAGAGGGGCCAAUAUCGGUGGGCGUGUCUCCUCCCUGUUCAUUUUCACCUACAUGGUAAUGGCUUUCCUCUUCUUUGGCGUACUGUGGCUUCGGAGACAUGAUGAAGUAUAAAAUGUUAUCUAAUAAGUGAUGUUAUUUUUCCUCAGUGAGGCUGAGUAGGCACACACUGUAUCCUUCCAGCCAGCACGAGGGACAAACUGCAUCCUUGUGCUGUGCGCAGCGUGUAUUCUUCCACCGGCACACGCUCUAACCACUACUAGUCUUGUGUUUGCAGGCCAAAUUAAACUUUUACAUUAGUAUAUGGGAGUGCAUUCUUAACCACGAAAUGUUGUAAACUGAGGACCACCUAGAAUUAAAUAAUGAGAUAAACUAGGGCUGGGCGAUAUAUCUAUUUUUUAAAAUAUCGAUAUUUCUUUUAAGCACGAUAUCAAAAACAAACGUAUCGUUCAUAUCGAUAUAGACUGGAUUUGUGUUGUUCUCUUGUCUCUUGACACAGAGGUCUGUCUCACUCAUCAUCGCUGCGUGUGUCAGCGCUCCUUAGCGGAGCGGCCGCCCUGCCCCCCUCCGUGCUAAAUCUGGCAACAUUCCAAACCCUCUUCGCGACAUUUUCUCCAAAGCGACGAGCAACAAAUUUCGCUACUUUUUCUGCCGUCGUUGGAGAGUUUUCUGCAUGUAUUUGGGAGCAUAAAAGUGAAAGUAAAGCCCCUGCUUGCACACUGCAUAGUGGAGAUCCACGCAGCCUCGAGGCGCGAUGCCACCGGGGUGGAUCCCGCUUUGUAAAUCAGGGCGAGAUGCGAAAAUGUUUCUUAAUCUUGAUUAAAUUACUACUCAUUACACUCAAGCCUCAUUCGGACUCGGUCACUUACCUGUCAGUGUGGCAGAACGUGUGAGGGAAGAACCAUGUAUGAGAAGUUAAACAACUAGUCCUAACUGCAAGAUAAAAGGUGGAGGCUGGAGGCGAGGCUGGAUAAUGUCUGGUAAUUAUAACGCUGGUAAUUAAGGCCCUUAACAAACUCACAAUCAAGUUUAUUUGUAUUUCUAAAUGUAAUUAAGGUGCUUUUACUCAUUUGUCUGUCCAAUGAGGUUCUGCUUUCUAAAAAAAAAAAAAAAAAAAUAGUACUGUUCAUAGUAAAGGUUUUGAGUUGCUGCUGACAUUUAAAAAUUUCCUCUUAAACGGGACACUAUUUCAUAUUUUAUUUUGGUAUUAGCCGAGGAUAUGAGCAUAGCUAGAGGUUUGUUAUAAAGCAGGUUGGUAAUUAGAUUUUACUUUUUCUAUAUUUAUUUCAAAAAGAAAAUAGACAAUUUUAUUUUAGUGGCUAUUUUUCUAGCAGAUGUUGUUUUUUUUUUUUUGUUUUGUUUUUUGUUUUUUUUUUUUAAAUGAAACAACUUCACAGCAAUUUUUGACCUAAGAUAAACCCAUGGAACGGUAACUAUGACUUCUCGACGCUAACCAUUUAGAAGAAAGAGGUUUUUGAUGGUGCCAAAUACAAAUAGUGGUAAAUGAAAACCAAUUACUCCAUUUCAGUGUGAUUAAAAACCAUAUCUUUACCUGAGGAGAAUGGAACAACGUCAGUACCAGGGGACACAAAAACACCUUUCAGUUUUACUCGCCUCUUAUUGCAUGACAAGAAGCAGUUGCUGAUGACAAUAAUGGAACAUAGAGUUUCUGCAGAUACACAACGUGUAUAUAUCCACUUUUGUCACAUUUAAUGAACUCACAUUUGAAGUCGGUCUAGAUGAGUCAGUGUUGGGUGGGGGGGUUAUCGUUUCUUCUGCAUAUAAAAGCUUCUUUGCACCACAGGAUCAUUGUGACAGUUGCUGACAAACUGUCAUGCAUGCGGCUUGCAGAAAUCCUGGUGAUCUUUUUCUGGUUUUUGCGCUUCUUGUUGAAUGCAAAAACUGUCAUCUCCGCUUAUGAAUAAAUGAAUACACUGAGGAACACUGAUGGAUGAAAACACCUUCCAUAUUUAAUUGAAUGUAUCCUCAUAUUUAAGCAGAUGAUCUCCUGUUUCUAACAAUUAACAGCCUAAUUAUAAUUAUGUGCAUUAGCCAUCAUUUUAAUUGGUAGUGUUUAAGGGUUAUAACGCAAGCAAUUCAAGUUAAAGUGUAUCAAAGGGUCUGAACUACAACUACUGUAUAUCUAUGUUUGUCAGUCUUACUGAAAGCAAUAUUUCAGCCAACACAGGACCAAAGACUCUUGACCUAAGCAGAAUUGUUUUUUCAUCAACUGCUGCUCCUCUAAUUGAUUUGUAAUUAUGAUUACUUUGAUGAUUUUAUGCUAAUAUUCGACACCUGUAUGUUAAAGCAUCACUGUUUAAGUAGCUCUUCUGUGUGCACUUCUCCGUGUGCAUUUUGAAUGUUUAUAAGUGCUUUUUUUAAGCUGUUUGAAAAUACUUUCAAUCCACCAUUUCCAAAUGUGUUGUACUGUCACAGAUCGAUCUGCGGCUCUAACAUGACAGUUACUCGUGUUUUUUUUAUAUGCCAGUGUGGCAUUUGUUUUAACGUCAUCACUUUAUUUUCACAGAGAGCCUAAAAUGACGAAUGUUGAGAAAUGGCAUGUAUUUAUUGAUUGACUGGAAUUGACUCUGUACGGGCUCUCGAUUAAAGCUGGGAACACACACCGCUACCAUCAAUUAUUACUUCUUUUGUUUGCAUCUGAUGUAUUAGACGCACAAUCUACUCUGGCAAAUCUACUCUACUCUUGGUUGCAGAGGGGCAAGGUCAGCCAACACUGACAUCACAUGGUAUACGUUAACCCUGCCAUUUCUGGGGAUUGCUUUCUCAGAGUAUCCGCGAAUAAUUAAGACUCCCGUGUUAAUGUUUAUUUUUGACACUGUAAUCAAGCCUUGGCUUUGUCUCUGCCGGUACUGGUUUGGUUGGGUUUGGUUUAAUUUUAUUUGAACAUGCAUGCAGUGGAAUACAUCUCUUGAAUCAUCCUUUCACAGUUCCACAUGUCCAAAAGGAGUAGGAAGAAGCUAAGCUUAUUUAACCCUACCCCCCCAUCCAUUCCACAUCUUGUGCAGUACUUAUUAUUCACUUCUUGUAUUCCAUGUAAUAUUAUUCCACAUAAUAAUCACUGUAAUAAUAAGAAAAAAUAAAACAAGCUUGACAAAACAAUAAAUAUAAUAAUCAACAUAAUAAUAAAUAGGAUGAAGACAAGCAUAAUAAAGCAACUUCAAGACUCUUCUGCCUUAUAUUUAGCAAACAUCC